UCCUCCACAGUCGGCCAUCUUGGUCAACACCCAGUGUGUAUCCGCGGCGGUGCACAGGCGAGCCAAAAUCAGAGCGACUUAGCGGAGGAGGGUCGCCGCUCCUUGCAUCCUUAACUCCCUCGCCUGCACAAAAGGGGUCGACGGGGGAAGGAGGCGCAGCAGGAAGAGCAGCGUCUCAGAGACGGUGACGAGGAGGCUGCAACCCCACAGACACCUGCUAACAGCAUCCUCGUCUUGGUUUUUUCUUUUUUUCACCCUUUGCUAGGGCAUUUUCCCGGAACAAAAACACUUCUGCCUUUUGUUUCUCUUUAUCUUCCUUUGUUUUUUUUUGUUUUGUUUUUUUCACAACCCUUGCAUCUGCUGAGUCAUCAUCAUGUCGGAUCUGACGCCUCAGAGCGAGACCCCGACUCCCACCACAGACAAGAUCACCCAGGCCGCCCGGGAGACCAUUUAUCUCUGCAACUUCCGCGUGUCCGUGGACGGCGAGUGGCUGUGCCUGCGCGAGCUCAACGACAUCUCCCUCACCCCGGACCCCGAGCCCGCCCAUGAAGAUCCUAAAGACCCCAUCACCAUCGAGCGCCUCAACCUGAUGAACAUGGCCAAGCUGAGCAUCAAGGGCCUGAUCGAGUCGGCACUCAACCUCGGGCGCACGCUGGACUCGGACUACGCGCCCCUGCAGCAGUUUUUCGUGGUGAUGGAGCACUGCCUGAAACACGGCUUGAAAACCAAGAAAACCUUCCUGGGCCAGAACAAGUCCUUUUGGGGGGCCUUAGAGCUGGUGGAGAAGCUGACACCCGAGGCUGGGGAGAUCACCGCGAGUGUGAAAGACCUGCCCGGCCUCAAAACCCCUUUAGGAAGAGGGCGGGCCUGGUUACGACUUGCCUUGAUGCAGAAGAAGCUCUCCGACUACAUGAAGACCAUCAUCAACAGGAAGGACCUGCUCAGUGAAUUCUAUGAGCCCAAUGCACUGAUGAUGGAGGAGGAGGGCGCUGUUAUCGCCGGGCUGCUCGUGGGGCUCAACGUCAUUGACGCCAACCUGUGUAUGAAAGGAGAAGACCUGGACUCGCAGGUGGGAGUGAUUGAUUUCUCAAUGUACCUGAAAGAUGGUGGACACAGCAGCAAGAGUGCAGAAGGUGACGGUCAGAUCACAGCCAUUCUGGACCAGAAGAAUUACGUGGAGGAGCUCAACAGACAUUUGAGUGCUUCAGUAAAUAACCUCCAGGCCAAAGUGGACGCGCUAGAGAAGUCCAACACGAAGCUAACAGAAGAGCUGGCGGUGGCCAACAACAGGAUCAUCACGCUACAAGAAGACGUGGAGCGAGUGAAGGAAGAGAGCUCGUAUCAGCUGGAGUCCAACAGGAAGGCGUCGCGAAGCGACUCUGCAUCAGACGGUCCAGCACUGGGUGAGACACGCAAGCAGCUCAAGGAGGAAACGCUCCUUCGACUGGAUGUGGAGAAGGAGCUGGAGGUGCAGAUCGGCAUGAAGCAGGAGAUGGAGCUCUCCAUGAAGAUGCUGGAAAAGGACGUCUGCGACAAGCAGGACGCGCUGGUGGAGCUCCGGCAGCAGCUGGAAGACCUUCGCGUCAUCAACCAGCAGCUCAGCCACAAGUCACAGAGCGCCGACGCCAGCUCCAAGCAGAAGAGCGACGUCAUCACUCGGCUGGAGGACAAAAUCAACCAGAUGUCAGGCACCGUCAAACAGAUGGAGAGCAGAUGUAAGCAGGCCGAGCGGGACAAGGAGGCGGCGCUGGAGGCCAACCGCCUCUUCAAGCGGGAGUUUGGAGACAAGAUAGAGAGCCUGCAAGCGGAGGUGGAGCAGCUCCGAAGACACAGGUCCAAUCUGGAGGCGGAGCUGAGGAGGGAGCGAGAGCGCCCCCUGCAGGCUGGACAUCCCAGCACGCCGCACAGGGAGAGGAAGCAACCUGAGCACAUCCCUAAACCGGACCGGGCGUCUCCAUCGAGGACGGAGGAGAACGUCGUCGUCACAACGGAGGACAAGACCAGCCUGAGCUCCAACUUGUCCUUGUGUCCCUCUGAGGGUGAGGAGGAUGAUUCUUUUGUGGAGAUCAACCAACCCUCCAUCUGUGACAUGUGUCAGCUGGACGACUCUUUUAUCAAGGCAAAGAAGCAGUGCAAGAACUGCAGCGGUGUGUUCUGUGAGAGCUGCGUGUCCAACCAGCUGCCGCUGCCGUCCUCCAUCUUGCCCGAGGUGGUGUGCAGCGCCUGUUUCGCCCUCUUGCUGCAGCAGUACGCCUCCACGCCCUCCUGAAACACGGACACGCCUCCUCUCCCACUGGAACUGCAAGGUGCACUUUUCUUUUUGGAAGACUCCUCCAAAGAUCUCCUCACGUUUCACUUAUAUAUAGAUCUAUACUGUAUACACACGCAGUAUAGAUGUAUAUUUAUAUAUAGUGUAUAUUUGCAAAGCUUACUGCUACCACAGAUGUUUUUAACCUCCAUUGUUUUUAACAAAAGGAAGAACUAGAUUUGUGUUGUUGUGAAACGUGCAACAGUUUUACAUACACAAUACAUCAAAAUAAUUUUAUUAUUAAGGAAAUACAAAAUACAGUUUUCAUCAAUGCCAUAUAAUCAUGUUAGAAAUAUGUCUCUACUUGAUUACAACAGCUGAUUUAUUGAUCGUACGUUAUUGAUGUUUCUGUUGCAGCAAUGACUUGAUUCAUAUCCCAUAGAAAUGUUUCUUUAAUAAACCUGCUGGAGUUUUUUUUUA